UUGCCUCGCUCUCUUUCUUCUUCUUCUCUCUCCCCUCUCUCUCUCUCUCUCUCUCUCUCUCUCUCUCUGACUCUCUUUCUUUACCUUAGCUCUCUCCUUCUGUCUAUCACUAUAUUUCACUCAUUUUUUGUCUUCUACCCCCUUUUUAACUUUUACUCUCUAUCUCACAUCUAUCUAUCUAUCUAUCUGCUGACUUUCCCUAUCUAUCUAUCUAUCUAUCUCAGUAGUUCUCUCUCUCUCUCUCUCUCUCUCUCUCUCUCUCUCUCUUUCUCCCUCCCUCUAACAAUAUAUAUUAGUUUGUAUAUAUAUAAAGUUUUUCAUAUCUAUCUCAACAUGUUCGCGUUUGUUCAUAUCUACCUAUCUAUCUCACUAUCUAUCUAUCUAUCUCAGUGUGUUCAUAUCUAUCUAUCUGUCUACCUCAGUCUGUUCAUAUCUAUUUAUCUAUCUGUCUCAGUCUAUUCACAUCUAUCUAUCUGUCUCAGUUUCUUUAUAUCUAUUUCGCUGUCUCAGUCUGUUGAUAUCUAUCGUUCUCAGUCUAUUCAUAUCUAUCUAUCCAUCUAUCCGUCUGUCUGUCUCAGCCUGUUCAUAUCUAUCUAUCUAUCCGUCUGUCUGUCUCAGCCUGUUCAUAUCUAUCUAUCUAUCUAUCCGUCUGUCUGUCUCAGCCUGUUCAUAUCUAUCUAUCUAUCUAUCUAUCUAUCUAUCUAUCUAUCUAUCCGUCUGUCUGUCUGUCUGUCUCAGCCUGUUCAUAUUCAUUCUAUCUAUCUAUCUAUCUAUCUAUCUAUCUAUCCGUCUGUCUUAGCCUGUUCAUAUCUAUCUAUCUAUCUAUCUAUCUAUCUAUCUAUCUGUCUGUCUGUCUGUCUGUCUGUCUGUCUCAGCCUAAGAGUGGAAGAGAAUGGUAUGGUAUGGUAUCUAUCUAUCUAUAUAUCUAUCUAUCUAUCUAUCUAUCUUUCAUAUCUCUUUAUUCACAUCUAUCUACCCAUUUCUAUCUAUUUCAUUCUGCUUUCUUUCUUUCUAUCUAAUUUGGUACACUAUCUAUCUAUCUAUCUAUCUAUCUAUCUCAGUCUGUUCAUAUCUAUCUAUCUAUCUAUCUAUCUAUCUCAGUCUGUUCAUAUCUAUCUAUCUAUCUAUCUAUCUAUCUAUCUGUCUGUUCAUAUCUAUCUAUCUAUCUAUCUAUCUCAGUCUGUUCAUAUCUAUCUAUCUAUCUAUCUAUCUAUCUCAGUCUGUUCAUAUCUAUCUAUCUAUCUAUCUAUCUAUCUCAGUCUGUUCAUAUCUAUCUAUCUAUCUAUCUAUCUCAGUCUGUUCAUAUCUAUCUAUCUAUCUAUCUAUCUAUCUAUCUAUCUAUCUCAGUCUGUUCAUAUCUCUUUAUCUCAUUUUGCAUGCUUUCUUUCUUUCCAUCUAAUUUGGUUCAAUAUCUCCCUAUUUGGUUAUCUAUCUAUCUAUCUAUCUAUCUCAGUCUCUUCCUCAUCUAUCUAUCUAUCUCAGUCUAUUCAUAUCUCACUAUCUGAUUCUGCUUUCUAUCUGUCUAUCUAUCUAUCUAAUUUGAUUCAAUAUCUCUCUAUUAACUACUUUGGUACAAUAUCUAUAUCUCUGUCUAUUUAUCUAUCUCAUUUAUUCCUCAUCUAUCUAUCUAUCUAUCUAUCUGUUUUAACACACAUACUUCACCGCUAA